GGGAUCAGGGUUGGAGGGCCAGAGGGAGGAGAGAGAAGGUAACUGGGAAGGAACUGCCUGCAAUGAAGGCCAUUUCUUUGACUUUUUCCUGUAUUGCACUGUGCUACUUGCACUGCAAUCCAGUUUCUGCUUUGUUAGGCGGCCUGUGGCAGACAUUAACUUCUCUAGCAGGGUUGGUUGCAAAGAAUAGUAAGAAAUGUGUUGCAAAUUUGCAUGUUCCACUCAAAACUACUCCUUCUGGAGUAGAAAAGAAGAGCCGAUGGUCUGGAGUUAUUUAGUUCAAGAGAAUUUUAUGUGGCCAAGAAAAAUACUGAAGUGUUACUAUUAUGCAGAGCAACUUUCAGGUAAAUCUACAGGAGUCUGGAAUGUUUGGAAAGAAAUUAAUUUGCUCAAUAACAACAACUGUAUGUUCUUGUGAUGUGGUGAGACAAGUUGAGGCCUUUGCCUUACCUAUAAAGCACCGUUGGUUCUGGAAAUUCUGGGCUGUCUCUGCAGCCUGUUGUCUUGCUGUGGAAGUUCCUUGCUUUGGAAACUGAGGGUAUGUAACAGCUGAGUGUUGUUGAGAUGGCUCAGUGUUAUUUGGUUUGAUCAGGAGGAGGGGGCUCUUUCUGGGACAGCAUUUAGCAAAUGCAGUGUUCAUGGAUUGUAGAGGUUGGGUACUUGUGAUGUGUGCCUACUUUUGGUUGGGAAAUACUUGAUGGGCAGUGUGAGGGGCUUGAAUCAUCCAGAUAGAGGAAUGCAGCGUGGAAAUGGACGUGAAAAUUUGAAGAAGCAGAAUAUUAUAAAGUUCAUCCUCAACAAUUUUGCUGUAAUGGUAGCUUUCCCUUUUUAGCUUUGCUAUGAUUCACUGACUAAACAUGUGCCUUCAAAUUAUGGCCUUAUUUAAACUAAACAGAUACCCUGAGCUGAUUGGGGCCGAGUUCUUUUCUAGAAUUUUACUGCAUUAUUAAAUAGGCAGUGUUGGGUUUGAUGCAUAUUAGGAACAGUAAUUAGUUCAGUGGAGACUUAGCAUUUAGAAAACGGCAUCAAAAAUAUCAUAGAGAAUUUGACUAUUUUCUUUUUUUAUUAAUGUUGUUUGAGGUCGGGGAAGGAAAAUUACAGAUCAGUGAUAAAUUACGGACUUAGUAUGUUUCUUUCAUACAGUAUUGAAGUGGGUACCUGAAAUGUUGCCCUGUCUGACAAUUUAAGUGGCAGGUAUAAGCAAUCCUACAGCAACAGAUUGAAUAGUUUGGCCUCGCUUUCAGUUAGGUUAUUGUUUGUCUAUUUGGGUAAACCAGUGGUUUUUUGGUUUGUCUUCUAAGCAAGUGAAAGUGCAAAUUUAUAGGUAAUACAGAAAUAAAUACAGCUUUGUACUGUUGUUUUAUAUUGUUUUUCUGCUAGAGCUGUUAACAGACCAUUUGUAGGGUUUGAGUACGAAGCAGUAGAGGGAAAGGAACCAAGUCCUGAGGAGAGGUUGUGGGUUGCGUAGACGUGCUUCCGUUUUUGUGGCAUACUGGAGUUUCCCUGCUAGGACAGCUGAGUAAGGUGGCUGUAGCUGGUAUCUUACAUUGGUCUCUCCUUAGUCAAGACCUCCCAGUUCUCUUCUGUCAUGCUUGAAUUGUGUGUAUGUCAUACUGGGAUAACAAAACCACUGUUUCAAGGGUACAGAUCAUGUAUCACUGUAUCUUUUAACAUACUCAUGCCUUGCAGGUAAUGCCCCACUCAUACUGAAGUAGUACAGUCUAAUGGUUUGAAUAAAAUAUCAGAAUUUCAGAAGCUUUGUACUUGAACUUUUCUUUUGACUUUUUGCCAUUCCCAGCUUGCCUAAUUCUUCCUCUGUGUUAUUUUUCACCAUGCAGGUGCAAACAUUUAAUUGUUUUGCAGAUGCUGACAGCUGUACUUAAUUUUAAUUGCUAUGAAGAGACAUUCUUGCACUACUAGAGGCUUAUGGAAAGUAAAACAUUUUAAGGAAAACAGGAAGGACUCUGAAUGUGAAGUCUAAAAUUAGUUGACGUGCACCUUGUGCCACUUUCUACCUCCCACUUGUUAACUUCUCUAACACACAGCUUUGUUUCUUCUCUUGCUUUGAAAAGGAGCUUCUUAUAAGGAGGAGCACUGAGGGAAAUCGAGGUAACUUUGCAGAAAUUUACAUCUCCUACAAAAGGAACUCUGCAGUGAUGAGGCUGUGCUUUUCUGGAGUUUGCUCUUUUGACCCAUAUGGUUUCAUUAUUACCUUACACUCUUGCAUUUCUCCUUUUUCUUCCAGUGCUCUCUGCACCUGAAUUCAGUUGUGUACUUCCUUGGGGAGCCAAAUCUCAUAGAAGCAAUGAGUAUUUUGAUUCCUUAAAUAUUUCUAGAUAAUGUUAAAUCAUAAAAGCAGAACUAAUCAUUGUUCAGACCACUCAACAUAAAUGAGAGGAUGGUACCUAAUUAGCUAUAACAUCUCUACAGCACAUCUGUACCUGAGGACUGGCUGACCUUCUCCAAAGGCCUUUAGCUGGCCUUGCUAUUACUGGCAGUUAGGUUUCUGCAGUGCAGGUCAGCCUUCUGAUAACGUUUAUGUCUUCUGUUACACUCAGUUUGUCUAGCUUUAAAUUCCAACCCUGGGCUUUGGUUAUAGUUUUGUCCUCGGCACUGAUGAGUGUUAUCAGACUCCAGUUCCCCAUGGAAGGACUCAAAUUGCUAUCAGACUACAGUGUGUGUUUCUAAUAGACAAAGCUUCUAGAGGAUUUUGCUGUAAGGAGCGGCUUUCUAACAGAUUUUGUUGUUCUUUACAGCUUCUUAAUAAAAUUUUAGGUAUAUUCUAGAUGUGGUGCUGGUCCUGCACCUUCUGAGUCCUAAGGUAGUAUGGCCACCUGACUAAAUACUUGUUUGAUGUGGGAAUUAUGUUAACUGUUAUGCUUGUGAUGUUACGUAAGAAGCUCAUGUUUAAAUGAUUACCCACUAGCUUUUCAGGCCUAUUUCAGUUACUGCUUUUCAGGAUAGCUCCUAUUCCAUCCUUCUGGUGGUGUUUGCUUGUUAGGUAAAUCUGAAAUGAUGUACUUGUAAACUGAGCUGGAGUUUGCUUGCUCCUGUCUUGCAUCAUUCAUCCAGCUUUUUGGUUACCCACUGCCUUCUCCAUCUCUGUAUGAUGCAUUUAUUAUCAGUAAUUCUUUUUUUCUUCGUUUUAACACCAUACUGAAAAUAUUUACUUUGAUGGCAGGAAUCCAACUUCACUAGGAUCUCAUAGUCUGAUUGCUUGAUGGUAAUCCAUCCAUAAUUGAAUACUGGGGCUCCUCAGGUAGCUGACCUGCUGCCUAUUCAUCUUGCUGUCUCUGUGCGUAGUUCUUUGCUUUUAAGUUCUGAUUUGUCAUAUGAAGUGCUGUUUGUAGGAGGUCAGAGGUGCACCAAAGUCUGUCUCUUUUUGAGCAGUAUUACCAUCAGAUUUGACAUCUCUAAGAAAAAUCCCAAGUUAAUUAGAAAGCAGUGGUUUUUCCUCCAACCUGUUUGUAAUUAAUAGAUAUUCUGGUUCUUGAUUAGAAGAAUUUAAGCAUUGUGUGCUGUUUGCCUUUUUCUGAAACACAUUUAGUACAUUCUUAGUCAAGUAAACUAUGUAACAAGAAGAGCACUGAUUAAAAGGAAAUAAGCAUAGGUGAGUGCUACUCUUCCUUACCUGACUUGUAAAAAUCUUACUUUUUUUCCUUAAAUCCUCAUCAUCAGUACUGAAUGAGUGCAUCUGAUUGAAGGUGUUGAGUGAAGGAGCAGUCUCAAAGCUCUGUUGUUAGAAGCGAGCUACCCGUGUCUGGAUUUCAUAUCUGAUCAUAAAGAGGCACUGUUAUGCUGAUGGCCUUUCUGUUUACUGCUGAUGUGACUGUAUUGAAAUCAUGCCUCAGCAAGUUCUUUCUGCUGUAGUUUAACUUCCGAAGUUCUAACAAGGUGAUGGCUGGGGAAGCAGAACUCUCACCUGUUCAAGCUUCCAUUGAGUCUCCUGAUUGAGAAAUCUGUGUGUAGCGUGAUUGAAUUAAGGCCAACAUCUGCACGUUGCUUCACCAGAAAUAUCUCUUCUUCAGGAUGAGAGAGUCUUUCUCCUGCCAGUUUCUCAGUCUUACACACCUGAGCAGUCUGCCAGCUAUCACGCUGUUGUUUGCUGUAGUGUGCCAGCCCUGGGUUUUUCACUGUUGAGAAGGCAGGACAUCUGUGUUCUGGUUUCCUCUUUAGAGAGUGUCAUACGGAAGUCUUGAGCAAUGCACCAAAUAUGCAUCCUGGUAGCUGGUACGAGACAAAGUUAGAAGCGUCUGUCGCUGUAGUCAGAGGUCAGCAGCUAAGUUCAGCUCUUCAGUGUGGGCAAAAAAUUGGUGCUGUAGUUCUUAAGGUUCUCUUCUGGUCAAAAUGUUUUCUGAGGGGACUUUCUCUGUCACAGCAUACAGUGUGUCUGAAAUUAGUUGAUGGGAGGAAAAUAAAAGGGGGAAGUCUUCACAAGACUGUCCCCUUUGAACCAUCCAGCUAGUUUAAAAGGAAGAUAGUCGCUGUUCCUUUUUACUGUCUGUGCUCCAGAUUCAUCUUCCCCUUGAGCAGCAGUCUACCAUCUGCUUUGCUAUGCGUUAAGGUGUUUGAGCUUCUGUAGGUUAAAUAAGCUUUACUAUUGUGUAGUUUUUUCAAAGAUGCUUCAUACUUACGAUGUGCAGGUCAGAGAUAAAUAGCAAAAAGAGAGAGGGGUUUUGGAGUUCACUGUUCCAUCCUCGUGUACAUUCUUGUAACAUGUCUUCCUUAAUGAAUGGAGAAUUUAACAGGGCAAGGAAGCAUUCUCUGAGGGAUCAUAUAGCUUGAGCAGGGAUGUGCUGUGGUUUGCCUUUCUUUGUGGCUUGCUCAGCCUUCCUUUUGAUGAGUAGCCACUAAAAAUGAUCUAUCUUGCAUAACAGUGUCUUCUCAAAGCUUUCUAUUCAGAGUUUCCUUAAAGCACCAUUCUCUGCUCUGGGGCUGUUCAUGAGGCAAAGCUAUGUCAUAUGUUUCUCUGAAGUGAUUCAUUACUUUCAGUGGUAGUGGCAGCUAAAUGCUUCCAGCUCUACUGAUUUUAAUUUGGAAUGAUUACUCUCUGUGGCCUUAUGCAAGUUCCUGUGCAGUUGUUUAGUGGCAAAAUAGCAACUUCAUGGGCAUUUAUCUGCUUUUUGUUUCCCCUUCCCUAAAUAUUUAGCAAGCGAGUGUAUAGUUAAAAUGCUUUUGUUCUUGGAACAAAAAUUGAAAUGGUGUUCUGAGUAUGAAGACUGUUAAACAGUAUGUCAUUAUCUCCUUUUGCUAUGCAUUGCUUUGGUUUAGCAUUUUAUUAGCUUAACAAUGUAAUCAAACCUAGCCCUGGUCACCUGGGUGUACCAAAUCGCCUUUGAGAGAAAAAUCACUCCCAGCAAAAAGGCACAGAGUGUUACUGACUGUAGAGGCUUCCAGCUCUGGCAGUAAGGAGGAGGCUGACUUCUGUAGGUGGUUGUGAGGUUAAAGUUAGGUUGCUGGACUCCGUGGGGGUGACAGGAAGUAACAGCAAUAAUAAUGUGUGAUUUUUGGAGGCUCAUGGAUGAGGUUCCUGAAAUCCAGAGAGGAGACGGUCGAUGUGAUUGGGUGUAAAACCUUGUGAAUGAAUUGGAUUAUUUGGGAUCUUGUUAGCUGAAUUGAAAUGUCAUUGCGAUAAGAUUAAUUUUAUGGUGUUGACUAAAAUAGGAGAUAAAAGGCAAGCUGGAACCUUUCUGCAGCAAGGAUGUGGUUGACUCAAAUGAAAUUAGCAGUCUCUUUUCUGGAUGAUGGGUACUGCAUCUUAAGCAAGAGCAGAAGACUGAAGCCCAUUCUGGGACAGAAUGAGUUUAAAAGAUGCGGACAGUGCAAUUUGCCAGACAAAAGUAGCCUAUAAUCUUCAUGUUUACCCCCAACUCUCAACAGAAAGUGCUCCCUGCUGCAAAGUGACAGCAACAAAGGACACCACGUCUUCAGAUGUCAUCAAGGAUGUGAUUAAUAUCUUAAACUUGGAUGUCUCAAAAAGUUAUGUGCUUGUGGAGGUGAAAGAAACAGGUGGUGAAGAAUGGGUACUUGAUACAAAUGAUUCUCCUGUUCAUAGGGUUUUACUUUGGCCUCGUCGCGCUCAGGAUGAGCAUCCUCAAAAGGAUGGGUACUACUUUCUUUUGCAAGAAAGAAACACGGAUGGGACCAUCAAAUAUGCCCAGAUGCAACUGCUGUCCAAGGAGACGGAUGCUCGACGAUUGGUUGAAAGAGGUUUUCUUCCAUGGCAGCAGGAGGACUUCGAUGACUUGUGCAAUAUUCCCAACUUAACAGAGAAAACACUUCUAGAAAAUCUCAAAUGCCGCUUUCUAAAACACAAAAUUUAUACUUAUGCAGGAAGUAUUCUCAUUGCAAUUAACCCCUUCAAAUUCUUGCCCAUUUAUAAUCCUAAGUAUGUCAAGUUGUAUGAGAAUCAUCAACUCGGGAAGUUGGAGCCUCAUAUUUUUGCCAUUGCUGAUGUGGCUUAUCACACAAUGCUUAAAAAACACGUUAAUCAGUGCAUAGUUAUAUCAGGUGAAAGUGGUUCUGGAAAAACUCAAAGCACAAACUUCUUAAUUCACUGCCUCACAGCACUGAGCCAGAAAGGGUACGCAAGUGGUGUGGAGAGAACUAUUCUAGGAGCUGGACCAGUUCUGGAGGCAUUUGGAAAUGCAAAAACAGCACAUAACAAUAACUCCAGUCGUUUUGGAAAGUUUAUUCAAGUCAAUUACUUAGAGAAUGGCGUUGUCCGAGGGGCUGUUGUUGAAAAAUACCUGCUUGAAAAAUCUCGACUUGUUUCUCAAGAAAAAGAUGAAAGGAACUACCAUGUCUUUUAUUAUUUGCUACUUGGAGUCAAUGAAGAAGAGCGUAAAGAAUUUCACCUUAAACAACCUGAAGAUUAUUCCUACCUCAAUCAGUGUAACUUGAAAAUUGAAGAUGGGGAAGAUCUCCGGCAUGACUUUGAAAGAUUAAAACAAGCAAUGGAGAUGGUUGGCUUUCUUUCAGCAACAAAAAAACAGAUUUUUUCAGUGCUUUCAGCUAUUCUUUAUUUGGGCAACGUGACGUACAAGAAGAAAGCUACAGGCCGUGAUGAAGGAUUGGAAGUAGGACCUCCUGAAGUGCUGGACAUUCUUUCCCAGCUUUUGAAAGUCAAACGUGAAAUUCUAGUGGAAGUGCUGACAAAAAGAAAAACGGUGACUGCUAAUGAUAAGCUUAUUUUGCCAUAUAGUCUCAGUGAGGCCAUAACAGCUCGUGAUUCAAUGGCAAAGUCCUUGUACAGUGCUCUGUUUGACUGGAUUGUUCUGCGAAUUAAUCAUGCACUCCUUAAUAAGAAGGACAUGGAGGAAUCUGUUACAUGUUUGUCCAUUGGUGUUCUUGAUAUUUUUGGGUUUGAAGACUUUGAAACCAACAGUUUUGAGCAGUUCUGCAUAAACUAUGCAAAUGAGCAGCUUCAGUAUUACUUUAAUCAGCAUAUUUUCAAAUUGGAACAGGAGGAAUAUAAGAGUGAAGGGAUCACUUGGCACGAUAUUGACUAUACUGAUAAUGUGGCCUGCAUUCACUUAAUCAGCAAGAAGCCCACUGGUCUCUUCUAUCUUCUGGAUGAAGAAAGCAAUUUUCCACGUGCCACCAACCAAACUCUACUAGCAAAAUUCAAACAGCAGCAUGAGGAGAACAAGUUUUUUGUUGCAACCCCAGUAAUGGAACCUGCUUUUAUUAUUCGACAUUUUGCUGGAAAAGUUAAAUACCAGAUAAAAGAUUUCAGAGAGAAGAACAUGGAUUACAUGAGGCCAGACAUUGUUGCUUUACUACGAAGCAGUGACAGUGCCUAUGUUCGGGAGCUGAUAGGAAUGGACCCUGUAGCUGUGUUCCGCUGGGCUGUUCUGCGAGCGGCUGUUCAGGCCAUGGCUGUCUUUGCAGAAGCUGGACGCCAGAGAGCUCAGAAGACUGCAGGAGUGGUGCGCCAAGGACCCAGAGUUCCCCUUGGAGAACUCCAGAGAUCAAAUACACCAGUAGAAAAAGUUUACCGCCGCUCAAUGCUUGAUUUCUCAUUUGAUUGUUCUGAGGAUUUCGAUAUAAAUGCUUUUGAAGACAUCAUUUCUUUUUAUGAAAACAAGAAAGACAUGCAUGAGCAAAUCAUCGCAAGUAUAAAAGGACUUCCAUGGCAGGGAGAUGAUCCCUGUAAGCUGCUUCGAUCACUCAAUCGACUCCAACACCGCUCCCACUUCAUGAAAAGUAAAGCCAUCAAACAAAAGCAGAUCAUUCCAAAGAACUUGCUGGAUUCCAAAUCUCUGAAGCUUAUAGUAAGCAUGACUCUACAUGAUCGAACUACAAAAUCCCUCUUACACUUGCACAAGAAAAAGAAACCCCCUAGCAUAAGUGCGCAGUUCCAGACUUCACUCAAUAAAUUACUGGAGACACUGGGGAAAGCUGAGCCAUUCUUUAUCCGCUGUAUCCGCUCCAAUGCUGAGAAGAAAGAGAUGCUCUUUGAUGAAAACUUGGUGCUUCAGCAGUUAAGGUACACUGGCAUGCUUGAAACUGUGCGAAUCAGAAGGUCUGGCUACAGUGCUAAGUAUACAUUCCAGGAAUUCAUAGAUCAGUUUCAGGUGCUACUUCCCAAAAAUGCCAAAGCCUCUAAAGAAGACAUUUUUGCCUAUUUGAGUAAACUAAAAUUGGAUAAAAACAACUGUCAAAUAGGGAAGACCAAGGUUUUUAUGAAAGAGGCUGAGCGGCAAAUACUACAGGAUACACUACACAAAGAAGUGAUCAGGAAAAUCAUUCUCCUUCAGAGCUGGCUCAGGAUGGUUUUGGAAAGGAGACGCUUUCUCCGAACACGGCAAGCAGCCAUUGUUUUACAGGCUUGCUGGCGUUCCCGCUGUGUUAGGAGGGCCCUGCAAAGGAAUAAUGCUGCCAUUUAUAUUCAGUCAGCAUGGCGAAGAUACAGGGAGCAAAAACGCUACCUUGAACAGAAGAAGAGAAUUUGUCUUGUGCAAGCCACGGUCAGAGGGUAUCUUCAGCGUAAGAGAUUUCAGAAAAUGGUAAUGGAAAAGCAGAAAGAUGAAGAAGAGCAGAGAAAAAUCCAAGAAGCUCAAGACAGAGAGAAUGAUAUGAGCAAGGAUGAGGGUGAUGAAUCAACAACAGAUCAAUUGCCUGUGAAACACGAGUCAGAGCUGGAUCACACUGUUGAGGGAAAAGAUGAAGUUCCAAGUGAGCAAGCUGAAAACCUGGGCUCAUCUGAAACGGCCACGUUACCUCAGAAGAAUGUGAUAGAGGGCUCUGAGAAAGUAACAAGCAGCAGGGAGAAACGUGAAUUUCGCCGGCAGAGGGGGCUGGAACAUAAUGAAUUACAGAAUAAGCAUGUCCAGUUUUCCUUUGAAGGAACAGCUUUACUGUGCCCUGAAGAGCAAACCUCUUCUGAAGAGGCCCUGGAAAAUGUUCCAGAGCCAAAAGAGUCCACAGAACAAGAUGCUGUCCUACAAGGAAGCAGUGAGAAAGAACAAAAUGCAAAUGAUGGAAAGGCCAUUUCAGACACACCACUGUUAAGUGAGAUAAAAGAAAGUAGUAAUAUUCCUGAGCAGCCACCUGCAUUGGAAGCUGAAAGAGUAGAUAAGGCUGUUGACAGAGUGAUGAAAACACAAGAGAACCAAAAUAGCCAACUGAAAGUCAGCCAAAGCUGUCCUGAAAGGCCAACAGAUCUUGCACUGAAUCUUGAAAACACACUGUUUGCUACUGGGAGCUUCCAAACUCCACCUGAAUGUUCGGGAGAUAAAAACAAACGGCCUGUUCAGAAGGAAACCAAGGAUCUGGAUAGUCCUACUUCUUCCCAGAUCCAGAGAUAUGUGGAUGACCCAGGAAAACUAAAGUAUAAGAGAGAAAAAUGGAAAGGAAAGAGACAGUCUGAUGCUGGUCAGAAUGAUUUGCUGAGCCAGUCCUUGGAUGGAAGAACUCGUGCAGAUCAGUCUCCUCGGGAUCAACUAGAAAAGAAGGGGACUUCAUCUUCAUUAAAUGAUCUCUCAAUGCUGGCCCACGCUGCCACAAGUCAGCAAUCACCAGAUUCAACAGAAGAAGAAAAAGGCAACAAGAAAUAUCUUUUGCAAAAAAAGCCGAGUGACCUCUUACCUACCUCUGAUUCAGUUGUUUCUAUGCAGCCAGCAAGCCAGCAAAUAGAUGCCAAGUCUGCUUUCAAAAGUCCUUUGCGUAGACUUUUGGGGAAAAAGCCAGACAAGAAAAUUCCGAAGGAGUAUCCUGAUGUGAUUGAUGAAGGUGAUGGACUCUCACUCACGUCAUGCCUCCUGUUUCCAGAAACAGGAGGAGCACAGAAAGUUUCAGAAGCUUCUUCUGGGCAGCCAAGUCGUCUCCAGGUAGGGGAGCGCCAUGUAAAGGAGAGCAGUAAAGCAAAGAAGAACCGUACUAUUAAGAUCAGCAAGAUCUCAAGUGUGUCUCAGAAUUGGCGAGCUUCUAUAGUCCGUGAGAUUGCAAAUGCCAAUGAACUGAAGCAUCUUGAUGAGUUCCUUCUAAACAAGAUCAAUGACUUGCGCUCCCAGAAAUCUGGUGUUGAAUGCUUGUUUUUUGAAGCCACUGAGAAGUUUAGAGGAAAUAUCAAGACCAUGUACUCUGCUCCUAAUGGGCAAAUCCAUGUUGGCUACAAAGAUCUGGUGGAGAACUACCAGCUUCUAGUUACAAAUCUGGCCAAAAAAAGGGAAGAGAAAGAAGUCAAACUGGUUUUGAAUCUCUUCCAAUCCCUUCUAGAUGAAUUCAUCAGAGGAUAUACAAAAAAAGAAGAAUCUGAACAGCCCAAGCAAACCAAAGCCCAGAAGAAGAAGCGGAAACAAGAUCGUGCGAUUGAAGAACACAAUGGUCAUGUAUUCACAAACUACCAAGUGAGCAUUCGGCAGUCAUGUGAACACUGCUCAUCGUACAUCUGGCCCAUGGAAAAGGCCUGUCUCUGCAGUGUUUGCAAGUUGACUUGUCACAAGAAAUGCAUGUCCAAAAUCCAGAGCAGCUGUACGUCCUGUGGGAAAAAGAAUGAACAGGAUGCAGAACCACGUCACUUUGGAGUGUCUGUGAGUUCCCUGACCAGUGAGAGAAAUUCAGUCCCCAUUGUCAUGGAGAAGUUGCUAGAGCAUGUGGAGAUGCACGGCCUCUACACUGAAGGCAUUUACAGGAAAUCAGGAUCCGCAAAUCGUAUGAAGGAGCUAAAACAGCUGCUGCAAGCAGAUCCAAACUCAGUGAAACUGGAGAACUACCCUAUUCACACCAUCACAGGGAUCCUUAAGCAAUGGUUACGAGAAUUACCAGAUCCACUAAUGACAUCAGCACAGUACAAUGAUUUUCUCCGUGCUGUAGAACUACCAGAAAAACAGGAGCAACUUUGUGCCAUUUACAGUGUCCUUGAACAGCUUCCACAAGCAAAUCAUGAUACCUUGGAACGGCUCAUCUUCCAUCUAGUCAAAGUGGCUUUGAUAGAAGAUGUCAACCGUAUGUCACCCAAUGCCUUGGCCAUUGUUUUUGCUCCAUGCCUCUUGCGUUGUCCUGAUACCUCUGACCCUUUAACCAGCAUGAAGGAUGUUUCAAAAACAACCAUGUGUGUAGAGAUGCUGAUAAAGGAGCAGAUAAGGAAGUACAAGAUAAAAAUGGAUGAAAUAAAUCAGCUGGAAGCAGCUGAGAGCAUUGCUUUUCGGAGGCUCUCAUUGCUUCGGCAGAACACGCUAUGGCCUGUAAAACUUGGGUUUUCUUCCCCGUAUGAGGGGAUGCUGAGUAAAAGUCCACAAGUCAAAGGAAAUGACAGUGGCAGUUCAGAACUGGACUCUCUGCAUGAAGAAGAGGAAGUUUCUGAAGCUGAUAACCGAGAAAAGGAGAUUCUCAUUGAUCGGAUACAGUCAAUAAAGGAAGAAAAGGAAGACAUAACAUAUCGGUUACCUGAGCUUGAUCAGCGAGGCUCUGAUGAGGAAAAUGUGGACUCUGAGACCUCAGCAAGCACAGAGAGCCUGCUAGAAGAGAGAACAGGACGGAUGGAUACCGAAGGAAUUACUAUUUCUGGAGUACAGUGCUGCGCUCAGAGCUCCAACGUGCCUGCCAAAGACAUUUGCACAGUGCCUUCUCUUUUGCAAACCUCUUCAAGUUCUUUGUCUGCAUCCCUGGCUUCAAGACGUAGAUCAUCUUUAACACUGUCCAAGAUUAAGGUGCCCCGUCGAACUCCAGUGAUGCCAACAGCAAACAUCAAGCUUCCUCCUGGGAUUUUCAAAUGUACAGAAUCUCAGGGCAAGACUUCAGCUGAUGAAGAGUCUCCAAUAGUGGUGAGACGAAGGGAGCAGCCAGCAAUACGAACUGAUAAAGUCCACUCUAUAUACAUUGCACAAGGGUCUGCAAUGGCCCACGCUCAGGAACUUUUGGAGGAAUAUGAACCAACAGCAAAAGUAAAACGGAGGUUUUCAGACCCUUAUUCCCACCUUACAUGUACAGAUGAGUGAAAUACUGAAGCUGUCUGGAUUUUUCUGAACUUUAGUUUCUUAAGGCUUUGAAGGCUGUGAACUUAUCCAUGAGUGUACAGGUAAAAAAACAACAUCCCGUUUCUGCUGCGUGCCUUCUUCCAUUUGCCUUACAGUGGACUUUAAUGGGACCAACAGUGAGUUUGUGUCAGUGUACGUUGCCUUAAUUUUUUAUGUUUUUAUGACAACUUUGUGUGGUUUACAGAACUGUUGAUGUAAUAGCCUUAACUGAGACCAAAUGUACAAAAAUGUUUAUUAAUACAUUGCACUUUUUAAAAA